UCAAGAUAUUAGGAAGACCUGUCAAGAUGAAUAACUUUCUCACUCCCCUGAUGUUUUCAAGCAUGUGUCUUGCUUUCGCUACUACAGAAAUGCCCAGAACAAACAUUGGACGAGGAAAUAUGGAAAACCGAACAACAGAUAUGCCCAGAACAAACAUGGGACGAGGAAAUAUGGGAAAUCAGACCAUUGACUUGCCCAGAAUAAAUAUGGGGCGAGGAAAUAUGGGAAACCGACUCAACAAAUCGAAAAUAAAUAGGGGACGAGGUAAUAUGAGAAAUCAGACCACCGACAUGCCCAGAACAAAUAUGGGACGAGGAAAUAUGGGAAACCUGUUCAACAAAUCGAAAAUAAAUAGGGGACGAGGUAAUAUGAGAAAUCAGACCACCGACAUGCCCAGAACAAAUAUGGGACGAGGAAAUAUGCGAAACCAGACAAAAACAAAUAUUGGACGGAGUGACAAUUAGACGGCUGAAAAAGCAGAUAUGGAAAUGCUAACAAACAUUUAACUUAUUAUAUUUUGUGGAUGGGUGCAAAAAAUAUUUUAUUUUUAUUUUGUCCAGGUUAGAGGUUUAACUUUUCGACUUACAUCGUUGUAUGUAGGAUGGCUAGAUUAGGUAAAAUAUUAUUUAUACUUCGUGUUAGACAUAAAUUACUUUUAUUUAUUUGAUUUUCCACUACUUUUAUUGUUUGAAUACUCACUUGUUUGUCAGAAUGAUAGUUAUUAUUGUUUUAGCUUUUGCGCAAAGACAUUGCUGAUGAUUCUGUCUGCGUCGCUUUAAGAAAUUAGUUAAGUUAACGAUCAUUUAAACAAGCUGCGUUGAAUCGAAUGCCUUUAAUCAUAUUUUACAUAAUUUAAAACAAGUUUGCCUAGAAACAUCGAGAUAAAGAUGAGUUUACAGUCAAACGUUCAACAAUAAAAAAAGAAGAAAUUUUCGACGCUCUAACUUAAUUUAAUUCAGUUUUGGAGCAGGGUGUCCCAGGCUUAGUUUGUAAGGUGACAGACCUGGCUCAUUGAUUUAAAAGAGGCAAAAAAUAGAAAACUUGACAUUAUGCGAAGGCGUGGUUUGGUUUAAUGAGAUCGUUUCACAGCACUGAAAUGUUUUAAAACUCAAAGAAUUUCUUAGUCAAAUUGAAAGUAUAUUAUAGCAAGACAUGAACAGUGUCAAAUUCAUAGAGAAAAAAACUACAUUGUUUGCGAUGUUUCGGGUGUUCACACACCCAUUUUCAAGCAAUUAAUAAUGCAAAAUUUUGACUUAAAUAUGCAAAGUGUAACAGUAACCAUAGUUACAGAUUAAUUACAAUGGAGCUGAUCUGGUGUUGUUAUUCAACUAGAAACUGAACUCUCUUUAAUAACAAAUACCGGUUGUUGCCCUUA